AUGGCGUACCCACUGCUCUUCUUCUGCGCCCUGAUUGGCUGGUCCCAGGCAUUUCUGUCCAUCCCCUCACUGGAUGUAGAGGGCCUCACCCAUGCUGAUAUCACAGAGGAGGCGCUGCUUGAAGUAGUAAUGGAUGCUUGUAGAGAAGAAGCACAGAACAAUGGACGGACCUUCAAUCCACCAGCCCUCCUGAACCCGGAGAGCCUGCUGCGCGCCUGUUUAGGUGUUUUGGAAGAUGCAGAUCUGUCAGCCUCAAAGUUCCGGGAGCUGCUGAACGAGAUCAUUACUGAGAACAUUUUCAUUGACAGAGACCAGGCCUUCAGCUCCGCCCACCACUUCAAUGAUGAAGCAAUUGAAAAAGGGCGGGACAUCAUUACUCAGGGUGUUUCCAUCGUCAAAGCCAGCCUGCAGCAAGGCAACCUGGAGGCAGCUAGACGGGCACUUGGGGCGGUCACCCAUACUCUCCAGGAUUUCUACAGUCACAGUAACUGGUUUGAGCUGGGAAAUCUGGACCCUUACCCAAACUUACUGCGCCCUGACCUUCCACUCCAGAACAUUGCAGAUGAAAACACCCCAACCUGUAAUGACUGUCAGGAGAAGGUGUGUCCUAAUGUUAUUCUACCAGAGAUACUCAGAACAAACACACUGACCUCAGGAUACCUGAUCUCUACACCACAAGGUAAAUGUUACCAUGGUGACAGCACCAGGGGUGGGAUCAGCAAGGACUUUGGUGAUGAUCUGACCCCAGAUGGUACAGACCCUCACCUGGCUGCUUACAGCACUGCAACUCAAGCCACGAAAGACCUUCUGCAGAACAUCCGUAUCACAUUCGGAAACACAGUGUUCUUACGUAGUUUGCCUAAUGACAUUGCAGAGGUGCAGAGACUCACCGCGAAAAUCAUUGACAAUACCAGAGGAACUCCAAAUGAGCCUUCCCUGUACAUCUUGAUUGUAUUCAAUGACCUUGGUUAG